AUGUCUCCUCAUUACCAUUGGUGCUUCACGUUUUAUCUGCUCUUGAUUGAUUUCUUUUACUUAACGCUAAUCAGCGUCACGUAUGCAACAAUAUUCUCUGAUUCACUGGAUCUAUGUAAAACUCAGUGUAUUGAUCGAAAUUUGGUAGUUGCGCUCGCUCGUGGAGCAAUUGAUUGGGAUACUUCGCUACUUGAAAUUAGUCUAACUCAACGAAUUAAUGCAUGCCACAAUGGUUGUCAAGAUUUGGAAUCAACAAAUUCGACUUGCUUAGAGCGUUGUGAUAAAUUAAUGCCAACAGAUAGUUGCAUGCAGGGCUGCCGUGCUGUUACCGAUAUUUUCCUUUAUCAUUUGCAAGACUUACUGGGUCAUGUGCAAGUUGAAAUCGAAGAUUCACCAGUUGGUGUAAAUACAAUUUGGAGUUUGGAUAGUGAUUAUGGUUCAGUCAUCAGUGACAUAUUGGUAGAUGAUGUAAAAUGGGGUGUUCAGAGUCGUCCGGCUAAUGCUUCCGUCUCAUGGGAUACUACCACUUUUGAAAAGGCAUUUAAAAUGGAAACCUUGGAAGCAAGUAUAACUAUACCUUCGGUUUUUGCUGAACAAAUAGAGCUUCGAUUGUGCAUAUCUUGGCGGAACUAUAUCAUCGUCUCUCCUACACAUCGUCUUCAGAUCAAUGACACUGAUAAUGCUAAGUUGUUGCCUCCAACGAUUAUUUCUCACUUACAGACGUCAGCAAACAGUUUUGUAGUUUGUUGGAAAAGCGCGUUGAAGCGUUUGUACAAAAUCUCAUUGUACUCACUUGAUGAAAAGGAAAUCUCAACAACGCUGGUGGAAAAUACUUGCUAUUUGUUCCAGGGAGUACCCACUGAUAAUUGUUGUCGUGUUGAAAUUGGUUAUGCAAAUAAUGAUACUGCUUCUAUAUCCUUACGAAUUGAUCUUAUCAAUACUGAAAGAAAGCCAGAAUCGACAGCGCAAUUAAUUUUUACGAAUGGUACAUCAGUGAUGAAACUCUACGAUAUUGAUGAUUACGCUGUCCUUAGCGACCCAAAAUUAAUUCCAUUCGAGUUAAAGCCCGGCAGAUCAAUUACUGCACUGUGCACCGUAUCAGCUGAACGAUUAUUAAUUGCAUUAGAUGACGGUAGUAUCUACUGGUUAACUAUCGGUGAUGAGGUAUUAAGCGGAAUAUUGCGGUCACCGGACGGCACAGCAAUUGUUCAUAUGGAUGUUGAUCACAUGCAAGAUGCUGUAUAUGCCGUUCUUUUUAAAAAAGGAAUACUCAGGCAUAUAUAUUGUAUACUAAAUGGUGGCGAAGUGUUCUCGAUACCACUAUUUCCACUGGAUGCCCCGCAUAUUCUCCCAUUUUCUGCAACAGAAAAAAUGCCCACUAUUGCAUUUGCUAUUGAAGCAGAGCCAGAAAAUUCAAGGCUAAUUUCUCUCACACAAACUGGUUCCAUACUGGCAAUAAAUAUCGUAAAUCAAUCAGUUACUGAUCUUCGGCUGAAUAGUGAAGUGAGCGAUAUGUACAACAACAUCAAAAAAGCACAUCUUUUUGGGGAACGACUGUUUUGGACAUCAACAAGCUGUGGCGACACACAUUCCUGGGAUAGUUGCUUGUACGGCGAAGAAUACGAUGUCAAAAAAAAGAAAAUGCAUUUGAAUCGUUAUUUGUACUCCGGUCGAGUUGUUGAUUUUAUAUUCCUUCGUGACAGUCCGAUGCCAAUAACAAUAACCUCGCCAAGCAAAAUAGGCCUUAUAACAACCGAUAGUACUGCACGAGUCAUAUGGGAAUCUCCAACAUUGUUACCAUUUCAAGCACAAGGUGCGUGGCGUAAAUUGCUUUAUGAAUGUCGCAUAAUUGGUGACGAAGAGGAUGGCAGUAUAACGGCAGAAUUUACACAGCUUUCUGAAACUAAUUUGUUAAUACCGGUUUCUCCCGGACUUCAGUAUCAUGUAUCUGUUCGAGCCUGCAUCAAUACGAUAUGUUCCGCUUACGCCAAUGCUAUCAAUUAUGCAUUUGCCCCACUCACUGAACCUUUACUUGUCGCAUUCCGUCGGACGAUCAAUAAUAAUGUCAGUUAUUAUGAUAUUCUCGGUGAUCCAAUCGAAAAUUACACACUGCCUGGUCCGGUACCGGUAGAUAAAACAGCAGUGUUUGCUUACGAUAUUUUGGUGAAAUCAUUGUAUGUUGCUAAUACGGGCAAGAAUAGAAUAACUCGAAUACGCGGUGAUGGUUCCCAACAACAUUUCAUGGAUUCAAUAACCGUAAAGUUCAUGACAGUGAUGUCGCGUAAUGCACUGAUCGUCGUUGCAUCUGAUUAUUUAAUAGUAUCAUAUCGUUUAACAUCCACAUUCGACCAAGAGAUUUAUUCUUGCGGAUCUUUUAGCGGAUGUGGUGAGGUAGGUGGUUUAGCUGGUGAUGAUGAAACGGGUGAUAUCUUCUAUCUGAUUCGUUUUUCAAACGGGACAACAAGUUUGUAUGGUCUUAAUCAAGAUGUUCGCACAUCAUAUUUUAUCGCUUCCUCGCAAGAUUUUCCUGCAUUGCGGCAAUUAAUUGUUGUGAAAGAGAAACUAGUAUUUAUCACUGAAACAGGAGAAGUAGGUGUCUGUGAUAAGAAACUCGGUUCACUGAACAUUCAUUUGGCUCUCAAGAAUGUGGCGCUUAUACCGAUAUUUUAUUUGGAUUCUAUAAAACCAAUCAAUUUCAUAGGAGCCUUAACGACGGAUGAUAAUACUGCUAGAAAUACGCUCACGUGGGAUAUUGAACCGAUGUUCUUAACUGGAAAGAUUAUUUUUAAAGUUACAAUAUACAAAGAACACUGGGGUCGAGAACGUUUUGUGGAUUAUUCAUUGUCACAUAGUUAUACCAUAAGUGAUAAACUUCUUUGUCAAUGGCCUUCGAAACAGAAGUAUGAUGCUGAAGUAGAAGCGCUAACUGCCUGGGAUUUGAUAUCAAUAAAUCAAAGUGGCCUGAUUGCACCAACCAAACCACCAUCUCCUCCAACAAAUCUAACCAUCUAUGCUACACAACAAAAAACUGUAGAUGGUGCCCGGGCAUUAAUGGACUUGUUUUGGGAGGAACCAACAGAAUGGAAUGGGGAAGCACUGGGUUAUUUGGUCAAUUGCACAGUGGACGGUGUCAGUGAAUCGGUCGCAGAAGUACCUGCCACAAUACGUUUCUAUUCUUUUAGUGUGAAAUCGGGAAGUGUCAGUUGUGCUGUCGCAGCUCAUAAUGAACCAAAACUUGAAACAUUUUCGGAAACUGUUACCAUUGAUAGCAGUGAAUUACGACCAUUGGUCCGUUUAUUUGCGAUCGAUUCUAAUAACAAUGUAUUCGCUAUCACAAACUGGUCGCCCUCUUCGUUUCAGCAGUCAACUCGUGCCAAAAGACAGACCUCAUCACUACUAGCAAUCAUGGAGCAGUCAAUAGCAUAUAUUGGCAACGACUUAUAUUCGAUAAGAAAAGAUUUCGGCUCCACUCAACCCUCUCUACUACGUCUUGAUCCUAAUAAUGUGGAAAAUAUUCUACAUAAGGUUUCAAUAGGCGGCGAAAUUGGUAAAGUGGACGCAAUGACAUCUGACUGGGUAGCUAAUCGUUUGUUGUUCGUUUCAACAGCACGUGUCAUGCAAUUACCUCUUGAUGCCAUUCAAAGUCUUUCGAUGAUUACACCACGUCGCAUAAUGAAUCUUUCAUCAGGUGCUGGUGAUGCGAAACAGCUGCUUUUCGACCCAUUCUCCAAUACCGCUUUUUUGCUUACGAAAAAUGGUUCACUUUUUGCAUUGGAUCUCAAUAUGGGUGUGGAAGAAAACAUGGCCCUUAGGUUAGAAUGUUUGAAAUCAGAAACUGUAUCUUGGAUGAUGGCUGAUUUUGCUUGGAAUCUUGCUUCAUUACCAGCCAUUUAUGUACUUACUUGGAACGGUAUGGUUCGCGUUGAUUUAACAUCCUCGAAGUGCGAAGAAAUAAAAUUUGCAUGGGAAAAAUUCGGAGAAAAAGGACUCAAAUCAAUACUAUCCUUUGCAAUCGCUGAUAAAUUGUAUAUUUUUGUCACUUCCUCCGCUCUAGUUGUUUAUGAAUUGGGCUCUUCAACAGCAACACCAAUCGCCGUCAAUGGUUCGCCACUGAAACAAAUCCUGGUUGCUACACAAUCUACUCAACCAUUUCCGGAACGGUCGUGUUUUGUCUUGCCCCCAGCAUCUGAAAUUAAGUUCACUGUGCAAAACGAAGAACGAAGUGGAGCAUUAAUCUCGGUUAACGAACCUCAGCUACCCAAUGUUUGUCCCGGUAUCACACUUCCUCUGACGCAGUACGAAAUUCAUUUCCAACGAAGAGGGUCUGAUAAAAUUCGCAACAUUCACAGUAUUAGCAAUGUCCUUCAUGUCGAAAAUGGUGUUCUGGAUAAAGAAGCUGACUAUGAUAUAUCAGUUUCAUGGUUCAAUCGAUAUACACCGGUAUCAGAAGCUAGUGCAACACAAAUGCUUCGUACCGGUUACGGUUUCCCUUCAUCACCUCUGGAUCCAUUAGCUUUUGCUCUGACUCCAGAUAUUGUACUACUUUACUGGAAAUUACCUGCUAGACCGAAUGCACCAAUUCCUGAAAUUAAAUAUAUGAUAAGUCAGCUUAGUGCGACACAGAUUUCUCCCUCAGCAAUCGGUGCGCAGCAGUUUGAAGGAGCAAAUUACGCUAUUAUGCCAACUGAUGUCGUUUCCUGUCUGAGUAAUCCUUGUUCUGCAAAAAUUUCCAAUCUGCGCCCUUCUACCGAAUAUAAAUUUUGGGUGCGUGCAAUCCAUGAAAGUCAUCUAAAUAUGCAAUUUGUGGAUGAUGCAGAAGGAAGUUCCGUAGAAGCAUCAGUUCGUACGAAAGAUAUAGCUGGAACAUUGCGUCUUGACAAUAUUACUGGAACUGCUGUUGUACUUCGGUGGAAUUCGCUCGACCCUGAAUGCUAUCCAAAGCGUAUAUAUAUCCAGUAUCGAAUUGUGGGAACGAAUACUGUUUGGAAAUCACCGUAUAAUGCAUCCUUCGAAGGUUCUGCUAAAUCAGUGGCUGUAGUUGUACGUGCACUGCAUUCGGCCACCACGUACGACUAUCGUUUUACAGCGGAAUAUGUGGAUAGCUAUCAUUAUGCAGAUCAUGAUUAUUCCUACAAUGAAACAUUUUUGCAGGUUUCACAGCAGUUUCGAACAAAACCUGGAACUCCGUCAGCUCCCGCAAGCAUACGUCUUGUUCAGGAACACAAUGAAUGGGUAGUACGUUGGGACAAGCCAUUAAGCGAUGGUGGUUCACCAAUCACUUCAUACGCUCUCGAAUUCAGACCAAAUGAAGAUGCUGAGUGGGAAAUAGCAGAACGAGGAUUAGAAGGUGGCUGCUUGUGGUGGAAACCGUUGAGAAUAAAUUUUCUAGCUGAAUGUGCCGAAUUUCGAAUUCGGGCAGCAAAUUCGGAAGGCUUCGGUGCAUAUGCAUAUUCAAAGCAUCAUAGUGUAUAUUAUCAAAGAAUUAAUGGAAGGCAUAAUAAUAUUCGAUCGCAAGAUAUAAGCUUGCACGGUUAUACGAAUUCAAUGAAAAGAAAUAUUUUUCCUCCACAACUUAUUAAUGAUCUGAAAAUUAUUUCUCGGGUACCGAAAAACAACAUCAGUUUAUUACGUAUAAUUGGGAAAGGAGGUUUUGGAGAAGUUUAUGAAGGAGUUGCAAAUGGAUUACCUCAGUCUACAAAAACGAUUAGAGUUGCUGUCAAAACUCUAAGAAAUGGGUUUUCCGAAUCAGAUCGGAUAAAGUUCCUUCAAGAAGCAGUUUUGAUGAACAGUUUCGAUCAUCCCAAUAUUGUAAAAUUAUUGGGUGUUUCACUGGAAACAGAGCCAUACUUUCUGAUUGCUGAACUGAUGGAAGGCGGAGACCUUCUUGAAUUUCUUCGUUCCAGCCGUCCAUCUGACUGUUUCCCGUCACAGCUUUCGUUGUACGAACUAAUUGGAAUGAUGGUUGAUGUAGGACGUGGUGCGGCUUAUCUAGAAGUUAAGAAGCGCAUACAUCGCGAUUUAGCAGCUAGAAAUUGCCUUAUUUCUUCGAGGAAUUCCAAUACACGAAUUACAAAAAUAGGUGAUUUUGGUCAUGCUCGAGAUAUUUAUACUAACGAUUAUUAUCGUGUACAUGGGGACGAUUUCCUUCCAUUACGAUGGCUUUCACCAGAAUCAAUUAAUGACGGUAUUUUCACAUCAAAAAGCGAUGUAUGGUCUUUCGGUAUACUACUGUGGGAAAUUUUAACUCUUGGUCAGCAGCCUUUUUCAGGCAAAAAUAACGUGCAGGUGAUGUCCUUCGUAAAGAACGGUGGUAGGCCAGAGAAGCCGCAGUUCUGUCCAGAUGAAAUUUUCACUAUUGUCGAGCGUGCAUGGGUUUACGACCCAGAAGAACGUCCACGAUUUGCUGAUCUUUUGCCAGAACUCGAGGCUUUGCGUGGUUGUCCAUUGUAUCAGGAAGAUAUUCCAUAUCCACCGAACUGUUCUUCUCUGAGAACUGAUUCAAAUUUCGAGUUUUCAUUCAAUUCUAACAUAAGUCGUGGAGAAAGUGGACACAGUGGAAGUAUCAGGUUUGAUAAAAGCGACAAUCCUUCAGCGAAGAAACAAGGCCGUCCAUCUAUUUUACGUUCGCUUCGUAGAGAACGUUCAAGACCGCUUUCCAACCUAGCUGACUUGGAAGCUGGUAAUCGAUCGAGGUCAGUGAAUAGUGUUACAAAUGAUAUGAAUUCAUCUACACGAAAUUGCGACGAAGGAUAUGACAAUAGCAUUUUCAUAUCGAAUUGCUGUUACGAGGUGCCGAAAAAAUCACAUUCCAAGAAAUCACAGCUAAACCGAUCAAAGCAGCGAGCAUCUGAACUAUCAAACCGUUCUCCUGUAUCGUCAUCAUCAAGUCCUCUCUCCUCUCCGAGGACUCCGUCAUCUGGUAACAGUGAUAUCCCAUCAAUGUAUAUUCGUCCAGCACGAGUUAGCCGAGUUUAA